AUGAUUGAACACAUUACAUCUCUUGAUAAAUCUACGGAAAUGUUCUCCACCAGGAUAAGAUCAUGCCGUAGGUUUCAGCGAAACACUGGUUGGUGGAACCUCGUUUGGACAGUAUAUUCCGAGAAAAGGUUUAAAAAGACAUUUAGAAUGACUAGGCAAACAUUUUCCUUAAUUCAUGAUAGAAUCAAGGAUGAUUUAACGAAGGAGAGCGUCACAGAAGAACCAAUUCCAUCCCAGAUGAGACUAGCAAUUUGCUUGUAUCGACUCAGUAGAGGAGACUACUACAAUACCAUUUCAGAGCUAGCUGGUGUCGGUGAAACAACUGUGUGCAACAUAGUGAGAGAGGUAGCUAAGGCAACCAUUGAAAAUUUAUGGGAAGAAUUUGUUGAGGCCAAAUUUCCACAUAGCAAGGACACGCUGAAUGAGAAAAUGAAAGAAAUGGAACAAGAAUGGCAGUUUCCUUUUGCAUAUUCUGCAAUUGAUGGGUGUCACAUACCAAUUAAGUGCCCACCUGGUGGCCAAGAGUCAUGUAAAGAAUUUCAUAAUUUUAAGAAUUUCUACUCAAUCGUUCUAAUGGGAAUGGUAGAUGCCAAAUAUCGAUUUAUAUGGGCAAGUGCUGGUUGGCCUGGCAAUUCACAUGAUGCCAUAAUCUUUCAAGCAACAAACCUUUAUACCAAACUAGCUGAAGGUACAGCCUUUCCACCUAUUGCCCAUCAUGAGAAUGGCGUCAGUAUUCCACCUUUAAUCCUGGGAGAUUCUGCCUUCCCCUUCAAGCCUUGGCUGCUGAAGCAUUACACAAAGCCAGAGCAGAGCUAUUUCAAUUAUAGGUUGAGUCGUGCACGCAUGGUAACAGAGUGUGCAUAUGGACAACUGAAAGGUCGAUGGAGAGUCUUGCUCAGGAAGUCUGAGAAUGAUAAGGAAACAGUACGUGCAGUUACACUAGCUUGUGUAGUACUACAUAACAUUUGCAUCGAACAAGGAGAUUUGGCUCAAAGGCAAUGGGACCUCUCCAAAGAUUCAGCAUCAAAUCAAAGACGUACACAAGAAGAAGUCCAAGACCUUCUUAUGAUAAGGCAAUGCAGACCUCUAAGAGAUACAAAUCGUUCUGCAGCACAGGUUCGUGAUUAUUUGAAAGACAAGUUAUUUUUAGAAAAGCAGCAAGUUUAGGGGAUGCAAAGCUCCCAUACUUUCAAUACUCUCCCUCCCUUAAUAGUAUCCCCCCUAACUCCAAAAUUUUACAAAAUUACCAUCUAUUUCCAUUUAUUAAAA